UCUCUCCGCCUCGCUUUCUCUUUCUCCUCCGCCCUGGGUUGUCAGCAUUUUGCUUCAUUUUAUUCACCAAAAACAACAACAACUUCCGUGUUUUGGAAUUAGCAUAUACCCUGCUCGACCAGCCUUUAGGAGAACUAUUACACCAUGGAGUUUCUUCAGAAGCUGCUGUCUGGUUUCAAGCUUGACCUGGGACCGUUAAAGGAGCCGCUGGGAUUUAUUCGCCUUCUGGAGUGGCUCUUCAGCAUCUUCGCCUUCGCCACGACCGGCGGAUACGAGGGGUUCCUGACCAUGACGCUCAACUGUCCACACGGAAAUACACAAGACAUUACUGCACACUUCGCCUAUCCUUUCAGACUCCAGAGUAAGGCGUUUGAAAUCCCACACUGCAACGCCAGCCUCCCCGCCAACACGACGUACCUGAGGGGGGAUUUCUCGUCCUCCGCCGAGUUCUUUGUGUCCGUGGGCGUCUUUGCUUUCCUGUACUGCACCUUCACCCUCAUUCUGUACCUGGGCUACCAGCAGGUCUACAGGGAAACCACACGAGGACCCAUCGUUGAUCUGAUCCUGACUGGGAUCUUCGCGUUCCUGUGGCUGGUCUCGUCCUCUGCCUGGGGAAAAGGGCUGACCGACGUGAAGUACGCCACCAACCCCAACACCCUGCUCGGUUACUGCACUCCAGAGUGUGUGACCAAGCUCUUCCCCGCCAUGGGACGCCUUAAUUCCUCUGUGGUCUGCGGCUUCCUCAAUCUCAUCCUGUGGGCGGGAAACUGUUGGUUCAUCUUUAAGGAGACUCCGUUCCACAAGCCUUCUCAGCCUUCCUCCAACAUGGAGCAAGGAGGCAGCUCCUAAUUGGAUAUGGCAGACUCCUCCCACUCCAUUCAAGCCAAUCAGAAAUUCGAGUAUACCACUGCGGGUUCACACGGACUCGUCCCUAUGUAAAGUAAAGUAAAGUUUUGAUACGAAGAGGUUUCGGUUCACAGCCGGUCCCCGGUCUUCACCGUGCAGAACGUUCGGUCUGGCCGUUCGGCAGAAAGUGCACGUCUCGGUCGUGUUGCCUGGUGCCGGUGUUAUCGUCUACAUCCCAUAAUUUUGUUUUGCUUCGUCGCUAAUAGUUUGUUGUUCACUGUGUAUACAGUUGAGUGUAAAAAAUUUUUUAAAAAAGAUAUAUCUAAUAUAAAUAAUUGGUUUGUCUACCAGCACCCCAGCAGACACGUUCCUACUAAAUCACCACAUAUGACCAAAAAAUAUUCAAAUUAAUAACAAAAUAAAUGUGUAUGUUUAGUAUGUUCAUCCGUUAACUUACAAACAUCUUUAAUAUAGCCUGAGCUUUUGGGUUUUUUUUUCCUUUUUUAUCCUGAGGUGCCAAUAUUUACACAGCAUUUACCAUUUUUCAUCUCUUGUUAUAGCGUUACAUACGAGUGACACCUGAAAACAUUUUACGCCCAAAAAAAAACCAAGAAAGCAGAAAACGGAUCUGGGAUGUGAAAGAUUUAUUUGCUUUCAGUAGGAGCUACUUUCACUUCACGUCUAGUGUGGUCAGUGUAAUCAGUUCCGUCUUGGACCUCUGUUUUUUUGGUUGUCUUCUGUACACAUUCGAAGCCACUCGACCACCAACAUACACCACGGUUUUUUGUUUUGUUUUGUUUUUCCUCACCUGCUAGAUUUUUGUACAAUCUUGGUAUCUCUGUCUAUCCAUUCAAAUCAGAUCUAUUGGCAAAUCUUUGCUCAUUUUUCUUGUCAAAAUCCGUUUUAAUUCUAGAGCUUGCGAGGACCCUGGCAAAACUAGUUUUCUGUGUUACAGAACACGCCCAAAUGCUAAUUUCAAAAUACAAGGGGGGGGGGUGCAAACUUUUGCACUCAACUGUAUAUGCACUUAUACGUCUGUGUAUGUGUAUUUUAUAUUGUUUUCUCUUCGUACCAACUGUACGCUUUAUGAUUUAGAAACCCGCACACAGAACGUGCCUUCUGUACCCUCGGACGUUACACACUUUAACAUGUAGAGUCUUUAUAGAGUAUGAAUUAGACUAUUUAUUCAUUUAUUCUGACAUCUAAGUGCCUCAAAUUACAGACAUCCGUCGUCUGUCUGGGACAUGAAAAUAACACUUUCACACUGUUCUCGCUCCGUUUAGAGACGACUCUCGCACCGAAUCCAGACCUUAAUACACUUUCCCAGUGCGUUGUGUUCAAUUUAUUGACGGUGUACACGUUUAAUUGGUUGAUGUCCCGGUGAUAAAUGACUUGUGAUUUGUUUUUGAAGAAGGAGGAAAAAAAUCGGAACCAUUAAACACUAACUUACUUUCUUUUCUUUAGAUAUACAUUACAGUUUAUUCGAAUCAGAAACACGCUUGUACAUUUUUCUGCGUAUACGCCAAGCCAAGCAGUCAUAUUCUUAUUCUUAUUUCUGGUGUCAGUGUGUACGUUUUAUAUGAAGUACACCUUGUAAGAAAAAUUCAGUUCGAUUAAAGCGUUGUAUUACUCGAGAGUAGGCAUUUGCUGACAUUUCAUUGGUAAAUAACAAAAGCGGCCUAGUGUGGGUUUUUUUUUUUGUUUUUUUUUUUUAAUUAGUCUACGAUGUUGUGUAUUUUUACCCGAUUUCUAACCUGUUUGUCAGGUGUGUUUUCCCUGUAAAGGACAUGUAAACAUUCUUGUUUAAACUGGACCCUAAGAACAUUUCUGAAUAAAGCAGAGGGGUAGUGAUGUUAAUUUUACGUUAACAUUACAUACUGCUUACUGAUUUAUUGGCACAUGCCUGUUUGAGAGUAAUUAUUACAUCAUUUUAUAGCCAAAUUUACGUUCUUGUAAGUGUUGUUAUGAUCCCGUCAACGGGGAAUAACAUGAUCACACGUCACCUUGUCAUUUCUGCUUCUCUGCUGGUUUUUUUCUUUCUCUCUCUCUUUUUUUUUUUUUAUUAAUAUUGAUGAUUGAUUCAUUUCUAGCUUUGCUCAUGCAGUAUGAAAGCCUUAAAUAGAAUGUGCCUUAAUCUCUAAUCAGAGUUGUUUUUUUUUUUAUUUUUUAAAUAAUAUAGUGCUUCACAUUAUAUAUAUUCCAAAUUGAGUUUUGCUAUUAAGGUUAAUUGACAUAACGACAUAAACGGAAGUGGAGAUAGAGGUCCGUUCUGUCUCCUCGGUAUUUAAGGGAAGCACACGUGCCCAUUUUCAUAUCGCUUCGGCUCUCAGAUGUUUUAAUACCAUCUGGAAACACCUUAGGUUGUAAACGUCUUUUUUGGUGAAAUACAUUGUUCUUACACUGUGUUUUGUGUCAGGAAAAAAUCACAUCAGUUGAGUUUGUUUUUGUUUGCAUUUUCUAUGUUGUAAAGUAUUAAAUGAAGAGCGCUUCAUUGCC